AAAUUCCAGGAAUCGCGUUUCUUCUUCUGGAAGUAACAGUACUUACGACGGCUUGCUCUCUCGCGUUCUUCAUCCGGUUCAUCGGAUUAAUGUUGGAGGUGGCGCACUCUCACCGGAAAAUGACACACUCUGGAGGAAUUGGGUACCAGAUGAUGGGUUUCUAUAAUCAGUCAUCGCUGCUGCGAAGAACAGCAAUUUCUAUAGCAAUAGGCCUAAUUAUCAGGAUGGAGGAGCUACUGAUUAUAUUGCUCCUGAUCUUGUUUAUAAGACUGCUAAAGAAAUGAAUAUAGAUCCUGGAAAGGGAUCCACUUUUUUCAACAUAACAUGGAAUUUCAAUGUGAGUAAGAAUGUUCCACAUCUCGUUCGGGUUCAUUUUUGCGACAUAAUAAGCUCGUCCAAUGACAUUUUCAGGUUCAAUCUCUACGUGUUUGAUACGUUCAGUCAGAAAAUUGAUCCGUAUGAGGUUAUUCCCCAAUUGGCAGCUCCGUUUUACAAAGAUUUUGUGGUUGAUUCCGAUGAUUUUGGAUUUAUAAAUGUCAGCAUUGGCCCACGGCAAGAUUCAAAUAACCAAACUGCUUUUUUAAAUGGGCUAGAGAUCAUGGUGAUAAUAGGGGGAUUGAGUCCUGAUUUGAAAAAACUAUCAAAGACACAUCUUCUUCUUAUUAUAGUUGGUUCAGUUCUCGGAGGUGUGGCUUUUGUGUUUUUAUUUAUUGCGGUGUUUGUCAUGACAUAUAAAUUCAGAAUAGCCAAACCUGUUGAGAAUUCGGAUUGGCAGACCAUUGCCUCUCCGGUUUGCAAUCUGAAUCUCGGGUUGAAGUUAUCUCUUUCUGAAAUUCAGUACGCAACUAAAAAUUUCAACUCCAAGUUGAUGAUAGGUGAGGGCGGGUUUGGAAAAGUUUAUAGAGGAACUCUUCGGAGCGGUGAAAAAGUUGCUGUCAAAAGAAGUCAGCCAGGGCACGGCCAGGGCCUUCCAGAAUUCCAGACAGAGAUCAAGGUCUUGUCAAAAAUUCGUCACCGCCAUCUUGUUUCCUUAAUUGGGUACUGUGAUGAAGAAUCCGAGAUGAUCCUUGUUUAUGAGUUCAUGCAAAAGGGUACUCUGAGGAGUCAUCUGUAUAAUUCAAAUGAGGAUUUGGAUAAAUCAUCUUCGGAGUCAAAAUUAUCAUGGAAUCGAAGACUUGAGAUAUGCAUUGGGACUGCCAAGGGUCUACACUAUCUUCACAGAGACCGAGGCAUAAUUCACCGCGAUGUCAAGUCAACAAACAUCUUGCUCGAUGAUGAUUAUGUCGCUAAAGUUGCUGAUUUUGGUUUAUCGAGGUUAGAAGCUCUCGAUCAAACCCAUGUCAGCACAGAAGUGAAGGGCAGUUAUGGGUAUCUUGAUCCCGAGUACUUCAAAUUCUUCCAAUUAACUCAAAAAUCCGAUGUGUACUCAUUUGGCGUGGUUCUGCUAGAAGUGCUAUGUGCAAGGCCGGCCAUUAACAAGAAGCUUCCAUGGGAGCAAGUGAACUUGGCGGCAUGGGGCUUGUCUUGUCAAAAAAAAGGACUGCUCUGGAAAAUCGUUGAUCCAUUGAUCGCAGGGAAUAUUAGUCCCAAUUCUCUGAGAACGUUUGGGGAAAUUGUGGACAAGUGUUUGAAAGAGUACGGAGUUGACAGGCCGAGCAUGGCUGAUGUUUUGUGGGACUUGGAAUAUGCACUGAAACUUCAACAGACUGCAACACACAGAGAACCUCAUGAGGAUAGCACAACGGACGUAUCGUGGGUGUUGCCGGUGCCUAGUGUUCAUCGGUUACCUUCUGAUAGCAUGACAAUUGAUGAAGAUGGUGUGACCGUGGAUGAUUUUGGGGAUACAGGUGCGGAUACAGUUACAGAUACAUGUGCGUUCCAAGUAUUUUCGCAGUUGAGGAUUCACGAUGCCAGAUAGUUAUGUAGAAUUUUGAAAUUAGAUAGAUAAAUGUUAGUGGAUUAAAAAAUACUAAUGUUGUGUUUAGUUGGGAGAUUUGGGAAGGAAUUUAGAAAUAGAAAGGGAAAAUGUGUGUGAAACUAGGUGAAAUGUAAGUAUAUUUUAUUCAUAUUUCACUUAACUUUUCCUUUUUCAUUUCCAAAUCUCUCAUCAAAUCCCCCAACCAAACACAGCAUAAGAAGUGUAUUCGUCUCAUAAUUUGUAAUUUGGAUUAAAAAAUGCUAAGUAGUGUAUUCGUCUCAUAAUUUGUAAUUUUUACUAUUAGUCUGUUGUUUUUAUCUAUCAAUUGAAAUUAUCUCUACUUUUUUUUAUUG